AUGUCAUCUGAAGGUAAAACUCCACUUUCUAUCCCCAAACAACCCUUGGACAUCCUCUUACCAUUCCCUAAACAGUCUUCUAAUGGGCAUACCAUCGAAUUACUCCGCCAGCUAGUAGGGAAGAUCCUUGCGAAGGACGAAGUAUACUCAAUUACGUACUCACCUGUUUUAUGUCCUGUAUCGAAAGAGGAUGGAGGAGGGAAUAAUCAGUUGUUCACUAUUAAACCGCAUUGGUGGCGAAAUCCUAAUGGUGAAUGGGAAUGGAGAGAUGGACAGAGGAAUCCAGAAAAUGCAAGGCCUCAAGGUCAAGUUCAACUUGAAUCGCUCUCUAAAACAAUCCACAUUCUAUUUUUGGGUAUACGACAUAUUUCCGAUCAUGAUCUGAAACAAAAAUCUAUUGAGAGGAUUGAAAAGCUCUUAAGAGUCUUCUUCGUCGAUAUUGAUACAAGGAUGGAACCUCAAGUGAGGUUCUCGCAAUGUCAUCCUGGUCAAGAACCUAUGAAAGGUAAUGAAUGUUUCGUUAUAGCUAUCCGAUACCUCAUCUUGGUCAACCAAGCUCUCCUCCUCAGCGGAUCAUCCAUCAAGCAAGAUCUCGUGCAGCAAAUUAAAGAGUGGAUCAAUGAGCAAGUGGUAUGGAUGGAAGAAUCUGAUCAGGGGAUGAAAGCGAAGAACGCUGAAAAGCCUUUGUGGUAUUAUGUCAUUCUCGCAUUUCAUCGGCAAUUCAUUCAAGGCGAUACAUCUUCUAUCACCCUUGCGACAUCGUCAUUCAAUGAGUGGUUCGCAAAGCAUCCCAUACCACAAGACGUAUUUGCAGAAUCCCUCAGACAUGAUAACCCAAGACACAAAUGUCUGUUCACCCUUGAGCCUUUGUUUAUGCUUGCCAGCUUGACCGUACCUCUCCACCAUGAGCAGGGAAUUUCCGAUGAUAUUAAGACGUAUCUUAGGGAAUGUGUUGAGUACGUUAAAAGUGUGGAGCAAGGGCCGAUCGAAAGUCCCUUGGAGGAUGAUAUCAGAUACAUGGCAAGAGUAGCUUGGUUUGAGAGGAUCUUAUAUGGCUGGAAUGGUCAAGGCGAGAGGGAUGCAGAAGGGAAAGAAGAACCGAGCGGUGAAGGAUGGGAGAAUGGAUGGAGUGCGAGGAUGAGGAUUAUGUGGGGGUUCAUCUGA